GGAUGAUAUUACUAACACUUGUUUGUAUAUUGACGGACAAUUCAUGCACAUUGGCGGUGAUAAAGCAGUCUACGGCGCAAGCGGGGGUGAUCAAUUUGCUAUAAGCGGCAGGGCAGACUUCUUCGUGAGUUUUGAUCCUGAGAGAUACGUCAUUUUUUACAUAUGUUAUGACGUGAACGAAAGUAUAAGGGGAAGAUGUCGAAACUCAGAGAUAUUUUUAAUGCUUAAGGAUCAGAGGGAUUCAUCUAAUGAUGACAAUGGUGUCAGGAGGGAUGACAUUAUACUAGAUGACAUUCAUUGGACACUGAUUGAAGAAACGUUCAAAAACUGCCUCGGCCAACAAUUCGUGGAUGAAACUGAUCCCCAAAUAAGAUGGGUGUGGGAAAACGAUGAUUGUGCUAAACCAGGGACAAGUGAGUUUGAAAGUGGAGUUUCUGGAUAAAACGUCAUAUGGUGUCUAGUAAACAGAGUAACGCUUUUUCGCAAACUGCAGAAAAUGAGUGUUUCUUGUUUGUGAAUUUUGUAAAAUUCAAUACAUUGAAAAAUUCAAAUGACGAAUAAAUAUCGUUCCUCAUU